AUGUAUCGCCCAAAGCUGCAGAACGUUGGAAAUCUCCUUCUUUUAGUGCUGAUCACCUUAGUUCACCCGCUUCAUGGUAUCUUGUUAUAUCCUGCCUCAACGGUGCUGCAGCUGACCUCCUCCAUCUCCAUACCCGCCGAUCUGAACACCCGCACCAAGGUCUUCAUGGACAUGGGCUUCCAGAUGAACUAUAACCUGCCGGCCACGGUGUCCGCCUUCUACAAUGCCACCAUCUGGGCGGAUGAGCUGGCCCGCAGGCAAAAGCGUCAGUUGGGGAAUAGCCUGGAUCAGCCGGUGGAUCUGGAGGGUGGCAUGCAUCCGGGUGACUUUACGGCCGGACAACUGUACAAGGGUCUGGAGCACAUGCUGGAGACCUACGGCUUCCACAGAUCCUGUCUGCUGCGAAGCGUCUGCGAGCUGGCCCUGCAUCCCUUUGCCCAAGACCAUUUCUACGGAAUGGUCACCCAGGUCAUCACAUUCCUGCUCACACCCUCUCAACACGAAGGCUUCGCCGAGGACGAACAGCUCUAUCGUGAGAAAUACGAAAGAGCGGAGCAGAUUGGCUUCCUUGGGGGCCAAUGCCAUCGUUCAUAUCCCAGCUGUGAAAUAGACAUAAUAAACCUAGCCACCCGACUGGUCAGAUGA